CCUAAACCCCCCUCUUUUCCCUUCGCAGCAAAGGCCACUGUACCAGUAGUACUAGUACUACCUCAGCUGCUGCCCGCUGCUGCUAGUCUCCUCUGGUGGCGGCUCGUCUCCCUCCCGCAUCCAUCCCCACCCGCCGCCUCCUCCCCUUAUCCCUCUCGACCUCUGCGUCGAGCUCGCGUCUGCCUAUCCGCAGGAGAGGCAGAGAGGAGAGGGGAGAAGCAGGGCCGGGCGCUCUGGUCGGUUCCGUCGGAUCUCGCCCUAUCCAGGUUGUUUGUUCCUCCGUUGGGAUCCUGUAUCAUGGCCGCCGCCGCGCCGCCUCCCGCCCCGGCCGCCGCGCCGGCUUCCUCCGGUGCUGCUGCCGCCGCCGCCGCCGCCGCCCCUGCCGCGGAUCAAGCGACGGAUCUGCUGCAGAAGCUGAAGCUGGAUUCGCAGCCCAAGGUGGCCGAUGCAACCGAGCCUGCCGGGGCCAUGAAGCAGGGGCCUGUGACCUCCCAGCCGCUUAGCGUGGCCAUCCCGCCGGAACGGUCCAUCACGCCUGUACUUCAAGACUUUAUGGAUCCCAACAUGUUCUAUCUGCCAGCAUAUUACUAUGGAGGUUACGACGGUUCCAUGAGCGAGUGGGAUGAAUAUCCUAGAUAUGUAAAUCAGGAUGGAGUGGAGGUUGCCCCAGCAGUAUAUGGAGAUAUUUAUGGAUAUGGGUAUGCUCCUUAUGGCGCAUAUUCUCCAGCUAGUUCCCCAGUCCCAACAGUUGAUGGUCAGAUGUUUGCCGCGCAGCAUUACCAGUAUCCUGCUGCAUAUUAUCAGCCCCCUACCCCGGUUCCUUCUACCACUCAAGGUGACCUACAGCCUUCUGUCAAUGCUGAUAAGCCAGCAGCAAAGGCAGAUACUGCCAAGACAACCACAAAUGGUGUUCCUAAUGGUACUGCUCACAGUAACAGUGGAACUGCGCCCCUUGGGUCAAGCUACCAAAAUUCAUCAUUGACCCCUGAUGGAACUUAUAGGGCACCGUUGCUUGGUGGAGUCCCUUCUACUGGUUACGUGGACCCAACCUAUGGUUACGACACCACAGGAGCACACUAUGCAUGGUAUGAUGGUUCUGCUUAUACCAAUGGACAGCAAAGAACUACAGCUAAUAACAUGUCGUCUUCAGCGUAUAAUAGCAAUGGCUCUUCAGCGAGGUAUCAGAACAAGAGCCCCACACCGCAGCAGACGGGCAUGAAUAACCGGAGACCAGUGACUACAGCAGGAUCAGCUGCUUCUACAUAUCCAAACAGGGUAUACCCGAGCACCCGGUCUUACAGCCAGUAUGGAAAUUCCAUCAAAACCGGCUACGGAAGCAAUGGCUACGGAAGCAAUGGCUACGGAAGCAAUGGCUAUGGAAGCAUUGGCUACGGAAGCAAUAGCUAUGGAAGCAUUGGCUAUGGGAGCAAUGGCUACGGAAGCAAUGGCUAUGAUUCCAGGACAUAUGGCCGGUGGGGUGUUCCUAUGGAUAACAGAUACCGGCCCAGAGGCCGUGGCAACGGAUAUUAUGGUUUUGGCAAUGAGAGUCAGGAUGGAACAAUUGAGUUGAACAGAGGUCCUAGGUCAGGUCGAUUCAAGAACCAGAAAUCAUUUGGCCAUAACGUUACCAUCGCUGUGAAAGGACAAACCCUUCCUUCAAGCGAAACCAAGACUGCUACUGAUGUACCUGAUAAGGCACAGUUCAACCAAGAUGAUUUCCCUGUCCAAUAUGAUGAUGCGAAGUUCUUUGUCAUUAAAUCAUACAGCGAGGAUGAUAUCCAUAAGAGUAUUAAAUACAAUGUGUGGGCAAGUACCACCAAUGGAAACAAGAAGCUUGAUGCUGCUUAUCAAGAAGCUCAGGCAAAGAGCUCUAGCUGCCCUAUAUUCUUGUUUUUCUCGGUGAAUACAAGUGGACAGUUUGUUGGUGUUGCUGAAAUGACUGGUCCUGUUGAUUUUGAGAAGACCCUUGAGUACUGGCAACAAGACAAGUGGAAUGGUUCAUUCUCUGUCAAGUGGCACAUUGUCAAAGAUGUGCCCAACAAUAUUCUCAAGCACAUCAUCCUAGAGAACAAUGAGGGCAAGCCAGUCACAAAUAGCCGCGACACACAAGAUAUAAACCUUGAGCAAGGUAUUCAGAUGCUUAAGAUAUUUAAGGAGCAUGUCAGCAAGACAUCGAUCCUAGAAGACUUUGCCUUCUAUGAGAACCGCCAGAAGUUGAUGCAGGAAAAAAGAGUGAAACAACAGCAGAUCCAAAAGCAGGUCUGGGACAGUAGGGCUGCAAAUCCUGUGGCUGGAGAGAAACAGCAGGACAUUGUCAAUGGGAAGCCAAAGCUAUCUGUACCAAAUGGUGUCAUCACUGAAGAGAAGCAGCAGGAUAUCGCUAAUGGGAAGCCAAAGUUGUCCGCACCGAAUGGUGUUAACGGAGAGCCGAAAGUUCCUGCAGAGAAUGGCGUCGCUGCUCCUGUUGCUACCUAUGCUGCGAAGGUAGCCCAAACAGCAGCAACCGAGAAACCUGCGCUUGCCAACGGUGCCGUCAAGACUGGUCUAGCUUGAUCGCAUACCCUGAUGCUCCCAGCUAGCCAUGAGGAACAAACGGACGGUCCCCGACGAACCAGGCAAGAACAUGCGGUCCCAAGGAACUGGUCAUCAAAGGUCGGCUACCGGAGAGCAGCUGGCUAGUUAGAUGUCAUCUCCCCUAGUUACUCCUUUUCUUUUCGUCGUCGUUGGUGUAUUCCUGUUUCAGUUUGCUUAGCUCGAAAGACUCCUCUUAUAGUAGUAUCAUCGGAAUGCCAGAACAAGGAGAAACCUGUGGCAAGACAAGAAAGUCGCCGUUGUCCGGUGGCCUUGUGCGUGCGUGCGUCAGUGUAGUGUUAUUGGGUACCCAGUGGUGCUGGGUACCCAUGUCAUCCCCCUUGUUUGUGUGUGUGUGUUCUGGUUGAGUGGAUCUGAAAGUGGGUUUAGGUUGGAGCCGGGUUUUUUCCCAUCUUAUUAUGAUUAUAUUAUAAUAACAGAAUCUUGCUUUCGUGCCUC